AUGCGCCGUCGAUCCGGUUGCAAGAGAUCGAGAACCGGAUGUCGCACUUGUCGGGCUCGCCGUGUGAAAUGUGAUGAAACCCCCGGUGCAUGCCAGCGAUGUACCUCCACCGGUCGCGUUUGCGAUGGCUACGAAUUGCAGAGGCUGCCCCUGGUGAAGGACUCAUGGUCCAAGAUUAGCGCUGACUUGGGGAGUGGUUUUCGAUGGACCAUCACAUCCGACGAACGCCGCUGUUUCUCCUACUUCCAGCAUCAUACAGCGCCCACCUUCUGCGAGAUGUUCGACUCCGCUCUCUGGCAGCAUCUCGUGCUGCAGAUGGGUCAGUCGGAGCCAGCGGUGUAUCAUGCGACCGUGGCCCUCAGUGCGAUCCACAAAGACUCAGAGACCAGAGGAAUGCCCCUGGCUGUCAACUUCCCCGGGAGGAGCCAAGGCCCAUGGCUGCGCUUUGCGCAUGAGCAGCUGGGCCGUGCUUUUCAGAUUCUCAUCCGGCGCCGGGCCUCCCCUGAUCCCCGGUUGCGCAACGUCACCCUCCUCUGUUGUUUGCUCUUCGUCCUGUCCGAUCUGCUGCAGGGACAUUACGACGGUGCCUUUACUCAUCUCCAGAGUGGUCUGCACAUCCUCCGCGAGCUUCAAGCAGAGCGAGAACUGGUGGCACCCACGCCCCGCCAAGAUCUGGUGGAGAGGUGUCUGGUGGCUGCCUUUGCACAGCUGGACAUUAUCUCCGCUCACUAUGGAGUCGGGGGGCCUCUGCUGUGCAUCGAUACCUUGCCGACCCAGUGGCAGUCGCGACCGACAUCAGCGGUCGGCUUCGCCAACCUGAAGGAAGCUCGUGCUGCCUUCAACCUGGUCACAAGCGCUGCGUAUCGUUUUAUGAUUUCAGGUAUGGGAAUGUCAACGGAAGAAGUCACGCGCAACUACACUGUUAUUCAAUCGAGGCAGCUGCGGGCCCGGUCCCUGGCCUCCCGGUUUUGGCAAUCCUUCGAGCCAUUCUACCGCAGCUCCUACCAUGCCCUGGAUCGCAAAGAGCAGCGAAGUGCCGAAUUGAUUCAUCUCCAAUACCUCGCUCUUAUGGUGUCGCUGGACACAACCCCCCUGGCGGGACACGAAGCUGCCCUGGCUGCAUUCACGCCUGCCCUCGACAAAAUUGUUUCCUUUGCCGAGUCAAUCAUGGCCAGGUUUCCUGAGCGUCCCACCAUCAGUAUUGACGUGGGCGUUCUUCCACCAUUGUACGAUGGGGCCAUGAUUUGUCGAGAUUAUCGCGUUCGAUGGAGAGCCAUAAAGUUGCUUCGGGCGUGGCCGCAUCGAGAGGGCCCAUUUGAUUCCAAUUGGAUCCUCGCCCUGGCGGAGGAGGCACUGCGUUUGGAAUUGCUGGCUGAUCCCGCCGUCAGCCUAGAGGAACAUGCAGCGUCUAGUAUUGUCGACGACGAUGAGUUCGCGCCUUGCCGCAUGCUGCGGGACCUCAAUGAGCGACGGUCGCAGAUUAAGCAAGUAUUAGCCCAAACGGGAGGCGUGUUGGGCGAUGCAGCUUCUCCAGCAGACUAUUUAGGCGCUGUCAAAAGUGUGGCUGGGUGGUCAUGCAUGCGUGCGUUUAAGGCAAGGUUUCCGGAUUCCUAA